AUGGAGAUGUUAGAAUGUCUCGACUUGUCUAAGAACCAUCUUUCCGGUGAGAUUCCUCCGGACUUUGCUCGUUUGCAUAUUCUUAGUGUCUUGGACUUGUCGGACAACAACUUGUCGGGUAAAAUUCCAUCAAGCACUCAACUGCAGAGUUUUGAUGCCUCUUCAUAUGCUGGAAAUCGUGAUCUUUGUGGGCUUCCACUUACCAAGUGCCCAGGAGAUGAAGCAGCUGCUCAGGUUCCUUCUGAUAUUGGUCAUGGCAUAGACAACAACUUUGAGGAAGAUGAGGAUAGGUUUGUGACCUUUGGGUUUUAUGUAAGUAUGGUGCUUGGUUUCAUUCUUGCAUUUUGGGCUGUCUUUGGCACUUUACUGCUCAAAAGGUCUUGGCAACAUGCCUAUUUCCAAUUCUUGAACAACAUAAAAGAUUGGAUCUACGUGACAACAGCUGUGUAUAUGGCAAGACUGCGGAGGAAACUUACAAGCUAUAUGAUGUAG